GGCACACAAACAAAGUAGCACACAAAAACCGAUUUCGAGCUCAGAGCUCAAAAAACGAGAAAAAAAAGAAAGUGAACCCUCUUGACUUUUGGACAUCACCCCGAAAAACCUCUACUUCUUCCUGUCUCCGUUUCCAGGAAAAAUGUUGACCACAAUGAGAGGCAGCGCAAAGAAACUAGCCAACUGGCCACUGACCCAUUUUCGCAGAUUCCCGACAUUGAUUAAAUCCUACGCAAGUCCCGAAGAAAAAUUUGAACAAAAAGCUGAGGAAGUGGACGGUGUGUCCAAUAUGAAGCUACCCUAUUUUAUAAGCCCAAAAUGUGUUCAAAAUCAGGAUCAACUGGUUGAUGGGCAGACGAAAAUGUUCACAUACAACUAUCACCCGUUUUCGAUUUAUGACUUAAAUGAAGCUACUCUUCGAGCCAAACAAUCAGCAGAUGAGUACUCAAAGAGAAUUGAUGAGUUGCAAAAGCGAAAGAUUGAAUAUGUAAGCAAGUAGUUGGUGACAAUAAUUUCAUUAAUAAAUAAGCCAUGAU